AUGGCAAUGGCGAGUACCUCUUCGGCUCUCCGGCUCCGGCCUCUCCUCCUCGUACUCCUACUCGCUGCCACCAGCGAGGCCACCACAUUCAAAAUCAUCAACCAAUGCUCCUAUACCGUGUGGCCAGCCGCUCUGCCGGGAGGUGGCGUGAAGCUUGAUCCAGGGCAGACGUGGGCGUUGAACGUGCCCGCUGGUACCUCAGCAGGGCGCAUCUGGGCGCGCACAGGUUGCUCAUUCCUUGGCGAAGGCGGGUCAUGCCAAACUGGAGACUGCAGCGGCUUGCUCGCCUGUACGGUCAGUGGUCGAUCGCCAAACACGCUGGGCGAGUUCAGUCUUGGCCAAGGCCAAAGUGAUGAUGAUUUCUUCGACAUCUCGCUCAUUGAUGGCUUCAACGUGCCCAUGGACUUCCUGCCGGUGCCGGUUCAGGGAAGGUCAGGAUGCAGCAAGGGGCCGUGUUGUGCAGCCAACAUCACAUCGGAGUGCCCAAGAGAGCUGAAGGCUCCAGGAGGGUGUAGCAAUGCAUGUACUGGGAGCACGGCAAGCCGUUGCAACACAAGUUACUCAGCCUUCUUUAAGCAGAUGUGCCCAGAUGCUUACAGCAAGCCUGAUGAUACAUCCACUUACUCUUGCCCGUCGGGCACAAAGUACCAGGUCAUCUUCUGUCCCCUGAUUAAUCAAACACUCUCACCUACAGCUGAAAGUCCCCUGCCUGCACCCCUGGCCGAGGUAACACCUCCGACCCCAAGUACUCUGCCUACAGCUAUUGGGCCAACAAGCAUGAAACCGAAAUCCCCCUCUAGAAGAAGAGUUAUUGCAAUUCUAGCUCCUGUAGGCGGCUUCAUUUUGCUCACCAUCUUGUUCCUCAUCGCCUUCUUUAUAUGUAAACGACAAUGA